AUGGAUGAUAAUUUUAAGAAAUUGAUUAAAUCUACCUAACCAGAAUCUUUAUCUACGAUCAGACUAUGUAAGAGAUUAGGAUAUCAUCCAGAAGAUUUAAUAUAUAAAUCCAUAGAUGAAUUUUAAUCUGUCAAUCAUGAGAUGAGACAAAUGAAAUAUGAUAAUUACAAAGCUAAAGUGCUGAAAAUAAUAAAUGAAAUCAACAAUGUGAGAUGUAGAAAUAAAACGACUGGUGUAUCAGAGCUGUCUAGUUAACCCUUAGUUUAAUUAUCUUCCAUUGGAGAUAAUGUGAAAGAGUAAUCCUAAAGCAUAUCUGUUAAGGAGAGAGUGCUUUAGAAUCUCAUUUAAUAGGAGCUUCUUAGACAAAAAAGGUUUGCUUAAUCAUAUCAAUAAAACAAUAAAAUUUAAGAACACAAAACUAAAUUGGCAACUUAGCCUUCCUAAAAAAUAUCAAUAAAAUCUAAGGAAUCUACUUAAUUAAUGAAAAGGGAAUAGUCAAAUAGAAGAUGUGAAACUCAUCGUGAGUUUGAAACCAAGGAGAAAUCCUUAGCUAAAUCUAAUCAAAAGGUUCUAAUAAAUAGAUAACAUAUUUUGAAAAAAGAGUAGCAUUAAUAGGAUGAAUAUAUGAAAAAACUUGAAGAGAAGGGUAAUUACGUCUUUAUCAUAGAAAAGAAAGCAAUAGAGAGAAUAGAAUAAUAUAAGAGUGAGUUGAAAUAGAAUCAACAAAAAUCUCAGUUUGGAGAAGUGAAAAACAAGAAGGAGUAACUUGAUAAUGAAUAAUAUUAAUUGUUGAUUAAUAGAUAAUAUGAGAAAUUGCAAAGGUUAAGAUUAAAGUAGACUCAAUUGGAGAAGCCUACCAAAAAGCAGAUGUUGAUAAGAAAUAAGACUUAAUCAUUGAUUUUUGAUUCAGAUCUUGAAUCUAGGAUGGAUUAGAAGAUUGAGAGAGUUGUGAAUAUGAAAUCUCAAAUGCUUUCGGAACGAUCAAAAAUAGCAGAUGAGAGGUUGAGGAUCAAUUAGAAUGAUGUGAAUUUCAACAAAUAUCAUGAUCAGCAAUUGAGGAUUAGGGAAGAGUGUAAACGGAUAGGAUUGAUCGAGAGGAAACAGAAAUAAAAUACUUAUUAAAUUGAUACAAGAUAUUAGGUGUUAGAGAAACAAAAAAAGGUAUCAGUUUGGGAACAGGUGAAUCGAGUUAGUCAUUUAUUUUCAAGUCCAAUAGAGUAUGACAAGUAUAGAACUCAGAUGAAGUUACUGUUGAAUAAACAAAGGGAAACUUUGGAGAUGAAAAAUCGAAAUCGCAUAGAUAUAUUAUAUAAAUUGUUACCCUAGUAAAUGGCAGAAAAAGUUUUAUAAUGA